GAGAGGAUGUGGGAGGGAAGGGGGGAGGAGAGGAAGGAAAGGGUUACAGUCAAAGACUUCAUUUCUAUUCUAGUUUAACCUGCCGAGCAUUGCCGGAGAAACAGCUUCACCAUAAUGGAUUAGUUGAAAGCCCGGUACCUCAGCUGUGAGAGGGGUGAUAGAAGAGAGACGGAGACGGCGCUGCCGCCCUAUCAUGUCAUCAUGGAUCCUUCCGGACUGCCGUACCCGGCCUUCAGGGCCCUCAGACGCUCCUCCCCGCAGGACCAGACGGUCCCUCCCCAGGCGCCAGAGGAGAACCUGUACGAGGACAUCGGUGACGUCGUGGUGCAGGGGCCCCUCGAACCGUCUCCGCUCGCCGCUUCGGCCCCGGCUCAGUCGGCCCCGGCGCCCGGUGCUGCGGCGGCCCCGGCCUUCACUCUGUUGGCAGACCUAGGACCCUCGGCCCCGCCUCUGUCGGCCCCGCCCCUGGCCCCCUCGGCCCCGCCCCCGUCCCUGGCCCCCUCGGCCCCGCCCCCGUCCCUCCCCCCCGCGCCCCCCCCCCGCGGAGGGUUCCAGGCCAUGCACGCCGCCGCCGCGCCGGUCGGCCUCAUCGCGGGCCCCGGGGCCAGGGAGGGGGGCUCGGACGUAGCGGACGGUUGGCGCCUCCACCCCAGGCCGGGGCCCCCUCCGGUCCCCCGGAGGAGGCCCCCCCCCCCGGGGGUCGUCCAGAGGAGGUUCUCCUGCGACCUCACGGUGCCCUCCAUCAAGCGCUCCGGGACGGACACAGACGACAAAUGGACGGUGGCUCUCCUGGACGCUCCGCAGGGCAGCACCAGGAGCAUGGCGGCGUUCUGCCUGUCAGCGUCCAUGCUGGCGGUGAAGUUCCCCCACGGGGACCAGGAGUGUAACCCCGGUGUGGUGAUGGCCCACCUGGCCUCCAGACCCCCCGCUGUGCUGCAGCAGGCCCAGCUCAACUUCAUCGUGGCCAGCGACUGGCAGAACUGCCCCAUCCCCUACCCCAGUGCCUUGAACAAGACGCCGAGGAACCUGAUCGACACCAUCGGCGAUGUGAUGGACAUCCCCGUCCACACGCGGCCGUACUACGUCCUCAAGCUGUGUGACUCUGAGGAGUUCCUCCAGAACGACAAAGCUCUGGGCGACCACGAGUGCAUCCAGCGGUACCAGAAGUUCAACCGGGACGUCCCGCUACGCCUGCUCCACAUCAGCAGCGUGAAUCGCAGCCUGGCCCGGGACGAGGAGGAUGACAAGGCCCCGUGCCAUCUCUGCAAAUACCUGGGCCCUGCCCUCGUCUUCUUCAUCUCCAGGUUGAGUCUGCAGGAUAUGCUGAACCGAUACGCCCGCGAGGUCAGGGAGCUUCUGAAGAGCCAGCAUGGGAUGAACGUGAAGGUGAUCAUGGAGGUGGUGCGGACCGUCAGUAGCCUUCUGUGUGGGGUCACCUCGCAGCAGCUGGAGGAGGCCAUUGGCAUGCUGAACCGGAUCAAGCCCGUUCCCCUGGCUGGUAAAGAUAUGCAACAUUGUGAGAUGGUGCUGGCCCUGCUGCAGCAGGGUCUGCUCCAGAUGCUGAAGGUGGUGUUCGACAGCUUCCAGUCCGACUUCAGGGGCCCGGCGCUGGGCCACGACGCUGUGACGCGCCGCAUCGAGGACAACACGGAGAUCCUGCAGUUCACCGCCGCGGCGCUCUACAAACUGCAGCCUAACUGGUUGGACAGUUUUGAUUACUUUUCCAUUUCCUGUGUUCUGACACAUGGAGGGAAGAAGCUCUGCGAGGCGGCGGUGUCGGAGAACAUCAGCACCGCGCUGUCGCUAGGCAACAAGAUCGAGUGCAACCGAAAGAUGGUGUUCCCUAUGCUGGUGAACAAGCUGCCCUUUGAGUCCAUGCUGAGCUUCCACCUGAUGGGCUGCAAGCAUGGCAAGAGCCAGGAGGUUCUGCGCUGGGCCGUGCUCCCCCUGUUCGGCUGCAGGGCCCUCGUGAGCGGGACUGUGCUACUGGGCAUGUCCACGCUGGUGGAGCCCCCGGGCCCGCCCACCCCCUCCCUGACGGACGGCCUCCAGCAGCCCACCGGGGUCAUACUACAGCUGGACUUCCCAGAUGAGUUUGAGUGGCGGUACCAGAGGCCCGAGGUGGUGCCGGGGGCGGUGCUGUUCAACCAGCCGUUUGAGGAGCUGCAGAAGAAGAUGUCGGCGCUGUCUAAGAAGCACUGCAUCUGCUUCCUCACGGAGAACGAGCGGGCCUUCCUGUGGUCCAAAAGGCACUGCGCCAUGCCGGGGGUCACCUCCCUCCACCUGCUGCUGGGUGGAGCCCCCUGCUGGAAGCCCGAGGACCUGCCCGAGAUCUACGGCGUGGUGGACCACUGGCCCAUCUCCACCCCCGAGGAGGCUCUGUUCCUGCUGUCCGACAGUUUCCCGGACCCCACGGUGAGGCGCGCUGCGGUGCAGCUGUUUGAGCAGCUUCCCCACGGACAGCUGGAGGUCUUUCUGCCACAGCUGGUUCAGGCCCUGAAGUAUGAGUGGGAGCUGGACGGCGCCCUGGUGAUGCUGCUGCUGGACAGGUCUAUGAGGAGCAUCAAGAUCGCCCAACAACUGUACUGGCUGCUGGUGGACGCCAUGCUGGACGGGCCCUACCGGGCCUGGCUGGGGAAGGUGCUGGCCGCCCUGAAGCACUGCCUGGGCCGCGCCCUGAGGAAGGAGCUGGAGCAGCAGGCCCAGCUGGUGGCGCUGCUGACGCAGGCCGCCGAGAAGGUCCGCCUGGCCGACAAGACCAAGCGCAAGGAAGUGUUGGAGAGGGAGCGGUGGAAGGUCAACGACUUCUUCAUUGACGGGAAGACGUGCCGCCUGCCGCUGGACGCGGCGGUCGAGGUGAAGGGGGUGGACGUGGAGGCCUGCAAGUUCUACAACUCAAACGCAGCGCCAUUGGACAUCUCGUUCGUCUGCACCGACACCCUGGCCAGGAAGACCAGGGUCAUCUGCAAGACCGGAGACAGCCUGCGGCAGGACGCGCUCAUCAUGCAGAUCGUGCGCGUGAUGGACAGGCUGUGGCUGGAGGAGGGGCUGGACAUGCGCAUGGUCACCUACAGAUGUCUGUCCACCGGGAAAGACCAGGGUCUGGUGGAGGUGGUGAAGGACGCCGUCACCCUGGCCAAGAUCCAGCAGGAGUGGGGGCGUGGUGGGGCUCUGCGACAGGACACCCUGGAGAAGUGGUUCCACAUGAGGAACAAGACCAAGGACAGCUACGAUGAGGCCGUCCUCAACUUCCUGUACUCGUGCGCGGGCUGGUGCGUGGUCACCUUCAUCCUGGGCGUCUGCGACCGGCACAACGACAACAUCAUGCUGAAGCACAGCGGACACAUGUUCCACAUCGACUUCGGCAAGAUCAUGGGCAACGCGCAGAAGUUCGCCAACAUCAAAAGAGACCGCGUGCCUUUCAUCUUCAGCUCGGAGAUGCAGCACUUCAUCACCGGGGGGGGCCGGGACCCGCAGGGUCUCCAUCGCUUCGUGGAGCUCUGCUGCGACGCCUACAACGUGAUCCGCAGACGCUCUGCCCUGGUGCUCAGCCUGCUGGAGCUGAUGCUGGGCGCCGGGCUGCCAGAGAUGAGGUCCAUCGCUGACCUGCAGUACGUUCACAACAACCUGAGGACCCACGACUCAGACCUGGAGGCCACCUCCUUCUUCACCAGGAAGAUCAAGAAGAGCAUGGACUGCUUCACGGUGAAGCUGAACUACCUGAGCCACAUCCUGGCCCAGGGCAAGAAGGAAGGGGCGGCGGCCCUCCCUUACAGCCCGGGCCCCAGCACCGUCAGCGGCAACAGCAGCUCCAACAUCCAGGAGGUCCUCAUCGACAACUACAGCACCAACGGCAAGACCGUGACCUUUGAGGUGAGGGUGACCAUCGACGAUGGUUAUCUGACCAUCAAGAAGACCUUUGGGCAGUUUGAGCUGAUUCACAAGCAGCUGCAGAAACACUUUAUUGCGUCUACUCUACCGCAGUUCCCCUGCUGGUACAGAAUGUCCUUCAACCCGGGCAGGAAGAUGAGCCUGCUCAACAAGUACUUCAAGGAGCUGUUGAACGGGCCGGGCAAAGGGAAUGAGUUUGUCUGCAGCUUGUUACUAGACGGGCCCAAGACAAGUGAAGAAAGUCCAAUUAAUGAAGGAAGUCCUCAGAUCCAGCUCUACAUCACGUAUGCUGAGAACAAGCUCUCAGUCAUGGUGAAGCACCUGAAAAACAUUCGGACGGCCAACGGCUCCAUCCCAGACCCCUACGUGGUGCUGAAUCUGAACCAGGACCUCCAAAAGCCCCUGAAGAGGAAGACCAAGGUGGUCCGCAGCAACAUCAACCCCACCUUCAACGAACUGCUAGAAUACCGAGAUGUCACGGUGAAUGAACACACAGUGCUGGAUGUGAAGGUGAAGAGCAAGAAUAAACUGGUGGCAGCCACCAGCAUUCAGCUGGGGGAUCCGUAUCUGGACCAGGAGAAGUGGCUGCUGCUCUGCAAUUGUUAGUUCACCACUAGCGCCGCUAGCUGUAGUGACGGGAUACGGCCACAAGAGGGCGCAGCAAUAUUACAAUUCUCGGAAUGACGGAAAGGCAAAGCAUGGGAUUCCCAUGGAAACUCCUGACGGAGAGUUGGAGAACAGAACAGCCGCACUGAAGAAUGGAUCUGUGGAGUAAGGAGGCUCAUUCGCUUGCAAACCCCGCACGCUCCUAGCAGACUGGUUCUAUGAUGUUACGAAUGCUGUUGGGAAGCAAGACAACUCAAAAAGAAUGAAAAAGAGACUGACCACUGUGAUUGUAUUUAUCCUGCUGACCCGUUUUAGUAGUAUUUUCUCCUUUUUCUGUUUCACCUUUUUUAUUUUUUAAAGGGCACUCCUUAAUCUGACUGAGAUGCAAGAUGGACUUGGGGGCCGGAAAUUGAUGAAAUAUUCACCAAAUAAUUCUGCACUGAAAUUACUGUUUGUUUGCGUGUGUGUGUGUGUGUGUGUGUGUGUGUGUGUGUGUGUGUGUGUGUGUGUGUGUGUGUGUGUGUGUGUGUGUGUGUGUGUGUGUGUGUGUGUGUGUGUGUGUGUGUGUGUGCGCGCAUGCGUGAGCGUUCCCUACAUUACCCUGGGGUAAGCAGGGGCGUGGGUUUUCUACGCUUUGGCCUUUUGAGUGUUGUAUAAUGAGGUAGCACGUGAGUUGUGAUGCUCUCUGGGCGUCGCGGCGGGCUUCUCACUGUCUAGACAGGGUAGCAGCACCUGUCUUCUCUCAGCACACUGCCUUCAUGAGCUCCGUGUCUGGUGGGUGUCCAAGGGUUGGCUGCACACUGACCCUCACCUUCACCCCGCCCGUCUCCCCUCAAUACAAUCCACACUUCAUCUAAAGAGGUGCCCAAACACACGCACCUAUUACUUGCAAACUGUCAGUGCCGUACGUAUCAGACAUGAUGAUGGAUGUGGAUAGAUGGGACUGCACUGGAUUCACUCCGUCCUCACCAUUCAUCUCAAUGUACUGUCUAUAGACCUCUGCCAUUCAUUUUAAUCUCAUAUCCAAGUCGGAUGGCAGGCGAGCGCCCAUCCGGAUGAAAGGUGCGUUUACCUGUUUAUGCUUCGUAUUUGUUUAAACCAAUCACGUCGCCGGAGGCGGGACUCUGCGAGCGCUUGAUUGCCGAACCAUUAAUGUUUAAACAGACACCACACACUUGCAAGUGUCUGCAAAGGUUACAGAUCAACACCGUGCAGACUGACCACUGUAAAAAAUACAUGCUGUGUGGUUAUGAAAGCGUAGUCCACUUGCGCGGAUGAGUUUUCUUCGGUCUAGACUUCUGGUUCCCGGCCCCAAUAGGUUCUGCUCCAACAUUGUAUUAUCGCUGGAUCCGAGGUUUACUAUUCAUAUGACUUUCCGUUGACUUUUGCACUGGAGACACUGCUCCUCGCUGCAGCCGUGUUGCAUCCGCCUAACAGCCUACUACAGUGUUUUGAUGUGGUGGUCAUACAUUGUUAAUCCCGACCGCGGGGGACUCCCUUCGUCUUAUUGUCCCAGCAUUAAUAAUAUAUUCACAUGUGGUUUUUGCGCAUGCGAUUGCCGUCUUCAGAGAACCAUCACACGAGUCCCCCCCCCCCCCUCCUCUGAUACUGCCUCCUUAUGAAUGAUUCAUGUAUUGCUCCCGCCUGCUAUUCUGCCAUCGAAUCAUUACCACGGCCCGUUAGUGGUGAGCACACAGAGACAUUGUAUAGAUUAGUGUUCCUCUGAAACCGUAAGGAUCUAUUUUACUGAUGUUUUUUUUUUUUUUUUUUUAAGAAUUACUCUGCUGCACCGGCAGAGUCAGAAACUAUGUGGCACAUUUAUCCUCUGAAAAUAAAAGGUGGUAUUUAUA